AGAGACGCGGUAGCAGCGGCGGCGGCAGCGCAGCCUUCUCUUCCCCCAGGAAGCCGUCCGGGCUUGAGGCCGGGCCCCAGACGCCCUGCAUUGCCCGGUGGCACAGCCCCUGGUGUAGGGCACUCCUGCCCCCAGCUAUGCUGAUAAGACAUCUGCAAGAUGUUCCUGUGAUCCUCUGGCAAAGGGGGAGACUGAGGCACACAGAGAGUCCCUGAGGAGGGGGCCCCAUGCUGAGGGCAGAACUGUCAUGAGGGCUCAAGGAGGAAGACUUGGAACUGGACCCUGAGGGUUGCCCAAGAGGAGAGGAAGGGGACCCCGAGAGAAGCAGGACACCUGGCAACAGAGGACAGGUGGCAUCCAGGAUUCCCCUCUUGUGAGAUUCUUUGGUUGUGUCACCAACAUUAUCAACAUUUAUUGGGCACCUACUGUGUGCAGCGCAUGAACAGCCCAGCCUGCUGAUCAUCGCUCCGCAUCAGUCCAGCCCCCCACGGCCACACCAUGUCCGGCUCCUACGACGAGGCUUCACUAGCUCCAGAGGAGACCACUGACAGCUUCUGGGAGGUGGGGAACUACAAGCGGACGGUGAAGCGCAUCGAUGACGGGCACCGCCUGUGCAACGACCUGAUGAACUGCGUGCAGGAGCGCGCCAAGAUCGAGAAGGCGUACGCGCAGCAGCUCACCGACUGGGCCAAGCGCUGGCGUCAGCUCAUCGAGAAAGGCCCACAGUAUGGCAGCUUGGAGCGGGCCUGGGGUGCCAUAAUGACAGAGGCGGAUAAGGUGAGCGAACUGCACCAGGAGGUAAAGAACAACCUUCUGAACGAGGACCUGGAGAAGGUCAAGAACUGGCAGAAGGAUGCCUAUCACAAGCAGAUCAUGGGCGGCUUCAAGGAGACCAAGGAGGCUGAAGAUGGCUUCCGCAAGGCCCAGAAGCCCUGGGCCAAGAAGAUGAAGGAGCUAGAGGCAGCCAAGAAGGCCUACCAUCUGGCCUGCAAAGAGGAGAGGCUGGCCAUAACACGGGAGAUGAAUAGCAAGACGGAGCAGUCAAUCACCCCCGAACAGCAGAAGAAGCUGCAGGACAAAGUGGACAAGUGCAAGCAGGAUGUGCAGAAGAUGCAGGAGAAGUAUGAGAAGGUGCUAGAUGAUGUGGGCAAGACCACACCCCAGUACAUGGAGGGCAUGGAGCAGGUGUUCGAACAGUGCCAGCAAUUUGAGGAAAAGCGACUGGUCUUCCUCAGGGAGGUGCUGCUGGACAUCAAACGUCACCUCAACCUAGCUGAGAAUAGCAGCUACAUCCACGUGUACCGGGAGCUGGAGCAGGUCAUCCGGGGGGCCGAUGCCCAGGAUGACCUCAGAUGGUUCCGCAGCACUAGCGGCCCAGACAUGCCCAUGAACUGGCCCCAGUUUGAGGAAUGGAACCCAGACCUCCCUCACACCACCACCAAGAAGGAGAAACAGCCCAAGAAGGCAGAGGGGGUGAUGCUGACCAACGCCACUGGGGUGGUGGAGCCCACAUCCCAGGCAGGGGACCGUGGCAGUGUCAGUAGCUAUGACAGGGGCCAGCCUUAUGCCACCGAGUGGUCUGACGACGAGAGCGGGAACCCAUUUGGGGGCAGUGAGGCCAACGGGGGUUCCAACCCCUUCGAGGACGACGCCAAGGGGGUGCGUGUGCGGGCACUCUACGACUACGACGGCCAGGAGCAAGAUGAGCUCAGCUUCAAGGCGGGAGAUGAGCUCACCAAGCUGGGCGAGGAGGACGAGCAGGGUUGGUGCCGCGGGCGGCUGGACAGCGGGCAGCUGGGUCUCUACCCAGCCAACUACGUGGAGGCCAUCUAGCUGCCCUUCUGCCCUCCGCACUUCCCCCCUCCAUCACCCACAGCCUCCCCUUCCUUCUCACUCUUGUCUCCUUCCCCUUGCCAUAGAGUUCCAGACAUAUUUUCCGACCAAGCUUUUAUUUUUUUAAAAGUUAAAACAGGACAAAACAAAAAUUACAAAGAGACAGAGCACUCGCAGGGUCGCCCGGAGGCCAGGGUGGUGGGACUUGCGGUGAUGGCUCCAGCGUAGGCGAGGGUUUGGGGACUUAGCGCAACAGACAUCACGUCUGCUCUUCAGAUCCCACCAGAGAGUCUCCGGGGCCCUGAGGGAUGACUCCUGGACCCUUCGCCCCUGCCCCACUGCCCCCACCCUACCUCAGCCCUGCCCUCCCUCCUCAGGCCGCCAGCACCUGCCUCCAUUCCCUGGGCCUGGUUUUUCCCACCUCUGCCUCCUGUCCACCCUGCUGCCCUUCCACAACCGCCCUUUUCAAAGGCCUCCACUCCAGACCCCAGAGAAAGGAGGCCUCCCAGUCUGUCGUCUUCCACUGCCUUGGGGAGUGCCCUUCUAGUUCACCCCUAAGGAUUGGGGGGGCCUGAGGAGAAAUGGUCACUCUCCUCCCCCUUAGAGAUUCCCAGGAAUCCCCAGGCUCCCCCAGACACAAAGAGGAGUAAGCUGGACUUGGUGACAGUCGGUGGUGUGGAGGAGGGUGAGAGAAGGGGGCAGCAGUCUGCCGCCUCCCCAGGCCAGGCUCGGCGCCGCUGAGGGACGGCGACUCCGCCGGGGCCCUUCAUCCUGUGGGCACAGGCUCCUCCUCAGGGCCACACCCCUCUGGCACCCGCAGAGACCCCGCUCCCUCUCAGAAGUCCUCAGGCCGAGGGGAGGGGCCUCAACACCCCGGGCACCGCCGGCGACAGUAGCAGCCUCCUCCCGUUUCCUGGGGAGGAGAGCAUCGCCCGCCCAUUCUGCCUCCCUCCCUCCUUGUCCGUCUAAAACCGCAGAAUCACUAGGCGCAGCCAGCCUCCACGAGACUCCCCAUCCCUCUCUCCUCCUCUCUGGCCUGCCUGGGGAGACACUGCAGGCCCAGGGAAGCUUCCAGCCUGGGGAGAGCCUGCAGCCAAUGGGAGAGGCAUGGGGUUGGCAUGGGGGAGAGCCCUGACCCUCAGGAGCAGAACAGUCACCCUGUCUUUCUUCCUUGUCCCCCCUCUGCCAAACCCAGCGCUAGUCCCUGGAGCCACACUCCCCUUGCUGGCAGCCUCUCCAUAUCUCCAAGCUUGGGUCUCAGUUAAAGGACUUUUGGGGAUGGGAGGAGGCAAAGGGCCUGCCCAGAACAGAAGUGUUUCCCAUGGUUAGUGAAAGUGGUGCUGGAUUACCAAGUAUCCAUACCAAGUAUGGCCUCCUCCUGGGAGUGGGUGGUGCAGAAGCAGACAGGGCUGGACAAGACCCCAAGAGUGUGUGGGGGGAAUGACUGGAAAAGGAGUCUCUUGGGAAGGUCUGGGAUGAGUCCCUGGGACUUCCUGAGGCACCAGGUGAGCCUUGAUCACAGGUGAUACCACUUCUGAGUCUCGGGAUUUAGGACCCCCCUUUCCAGAGACGAUACCAGCCCCCCUGGGCCUUCAGGUAAAGAGAGUGUGAAACUCCAGCCCAUCUGUCACCCCUCAGUCCUCUUUUGUUCCCUGCUUCUUCCAACAACCCUCUUUUAGGAGGUCAUAGACCCCAGCCUCAAAGCCCUGACCCUGUUAAUGUGGGCAAGAGGAUCCCGGCAGACUGGCAGGGGUCUGAGCUGGGGUCGCCCUCCCUCAGGGCCAGAGUUGGGGGGUGGGGUGAUGGCACUCCCAGGAACAGGCACACUCCCCCCAGCACCCCCCUUCUUGUCACUGUCUGCUCACUGGGCCUUUGCUACAGCCUGAGAUGUGCCCUAGGCCAAACAGAGCCUGAAGCAAGAUUGCGGAAGUCCUCAGUCCUCCAGACACCAGAACAAGAGCCUUUUCAACUUCUCUUCCAAGCAGAAGUUGGGGUUAGAGGCCUCUGCCCCCCACCAAGUACCCUUUGAAGGCAGGAAGCCGGCACAUGUGCACCUUGGGGCCUGGGCUCCCCCUCUCUGUGCCAGCAGCUUCCCAGCACUUGGGGAGGGGCUGUGGCUCCUCUGGACCCCAGGCCUGUACCCCUUAGCACUCUAGCUGCCCACUCUGGGGCAGGGGCUUGAAACCCCAUUCCUUUUGAUUAACCACCUCCGCAGCCCCUUUUGGGGCCACUCUCUCCUUGGGACCCCAGAGUGGGAGGGUCUCCCAGCUGGAAGACCCUCUGAGCUCCAGGAACCCAGCCCCACCUAUCAGCACUGGUUGUCAGGGCACUCAACACAGCGCCCCUCGCUGUGCCCACCACCUCCUGUAGCCCCCGCCCGCACCCUCGAUGCUGCAUGGGCCCUCCCUGUGGGGCUCGGUGUAAUGUGUUUUGUCCCCAGUUAACCACUGUUCUGCGGCCUGACUCUGUAAAGAGCCUGGGCUGCCCUGAUGCCCGCCUCUGCCAUCCUUGGCUUCUUGACUCCAUUAGUCCGACACUUGUGAAACUCUGAGAAGUACUGUGGUCUCAGCAAUGCACCUGUUUUGUACAUGAUUGUGUAAUUUAAAGAUAUAAAUACAAAUAUAUA